UGUUUCAGAAGGUGGAACUUGUUGAAGGAGAUGGCUGCUGGGCAUCUUGAGCAUGAGCUUGAGUUGGGCGUGCCGGCGAGCGAGGCGUGGGACCUUUUUGGCACGCUGCGACUCGGAGAAUUUUUUGAGAAAGAGAUGCCAAGUUUGUUUCAGAAGGUGGAGCUUGUUGAAGGAGAUGGAGGAAUUGGAACUGUCCUCAAAUUGACAUUCGUACCUGGUACACUGGGGCCAACCUGUUACAAAGAGAAGUUCACAAAGGUUGACAAUGAGAACCGAAUAAAGGAAAUUGAGGUAAUUGAAGGAGGAUAUUUGGAAUUAGGGUUUACUCUGUUUAGGGGUCGCUUCCACAUAAUGGAGAAAGGUAAAGAUUCAAGCACUGUGAAAUCAACAGUUGAGUAUGAACUCAAGCAAGAGGCUUCUGAGAAUGGCUCUAUUGCUUCCAAUGCCAUUCAAGCUCUGGCCAACAUUGCUCAAGUUGCCAAACAACAUCUCAACAGAAACAAACUUGCAGAUCCACCAAAAUAAACUACAUGUGUGUGUAUUUAGGAUAAAACUUCCUUUAUCUUAUGAGAUUUGAAUUCAAUACAUGUGUAGCUUUAAUUAACUUUUUUUUACACAUA